CCUACCUGGCAACUCGUUGGCGAACUCUACGGCAUCCUUACUCCAGUUCGUAGGGCAGUUGGUUGUGUGCGUUUGGAUCCGAAGGUCUUGUGGUGGUUGUUAGUGUGCUUCGGGAGGUAACGACCCUGCUUCAGGCUCUGUGGAUAUAUCUGAAUCGUCAGUGGUACGGAAGAGAUGGAAUUUAGAUACUGAAUUUGAAGUGGGAAAUACGUCCUCAUGUGAUUAAGGAAGUGCCUAGAAGAAUCGUUCUUCCACUGAAGUGGUGUUAAGCAUUGCCAUAUUUCUUACGAGUGCACACGAGGCCUUUUGAAAAUAGGGGUCAUUGAAGGUGAUUCCAGAUAUUAAAUCAUGCAUUCAGUGAUCUGUUCUUGAGUUCUUGCGAAUGUUGUGAGGUUGCUGCUCGGAAAAGUCAUUGCCUAAGAAUCGUUGUAGAGAGAAAUUUCAGAAACCGUGAGAAUAGUGAGUUCCCUAGUGUGAGAUUGUUGCAUUAUAUAUCGAGUGAGGGCAGCGGAACUUUUUUUCAAAGCGGGAGACGAAUAGAAUGUCAAUGUUAGUCCGACGUGGAACCAUGUGUCACCGCACCUCCUCCAGGAGGCUGCAGAGGAAAGCUCAGCAGUACCAGCAGGCUAAGAUCCACAGGCAGGAGCGCGAGCGGGAGCGAGACCAGCAGGACGCUCAGCAGCUCCAGCGGCCCGGCUCCGCCCGCUCCAAGUCGCCCGGAUCUGCGACGGGAGUUGGAGAGGGACCCUCGACGUCCUCAGGAUCCAGAGGUCCAACGCCAUCUACUAGUAAAGAGGGAGACGGCCAGCAACUGAAAGCUGGCCUCGGAAAACCGGAAUGGCAGGCUGGAGGGUCCAAUCAAGGCUUCACAGGCAAAACAUGGUCAGAGCCGCCUUCACGACGAUCUUCCCAAGCCUUCACCAAUAAUCUAGAAGCGCUACGUCCUUCAGUCUCCAACAGCACAGAGGUGUCAGUGGACGACCGAAGACAGCUGUUUUCUGCUGGGAAGCUAAAUACCGACGCCAGCAUGUCGGCCUACGGUUCAAUAGUUUAUCAAAUGAAAGACGCCAACAUGGAGUCGAACAACACCUGCGAGUUCGUCUACAAGGCCCUCAAGGUCCUCAGUAGAACAGUUUUGAUGACCGUAAUACUGCUGAUAAUAAUGAUAGUUCCAGUGCUGAUGGCUAUCAUGGGCGUGCAGUAUCUAAAUGAAUGCCCUCUCGAGCCCAAGAUUCCAAUCUAUCUCCUGGUCGGUGGAUGUUUUGGAACUCUGAAAGGACUAUGGCUUCUUUGUCAACAGGUCCGUUCGAGGCGCUACGAGCGCAUUGACGACGCCUUCGCCGAGGACGGCCUGGACGAGAUCUUCACCUCCACCAGCUACCGAGCCACCGACGUCGCUCUGACCAUCUUCUUGGUGAUAUGGUUCGGCAUGGGCAACUACUGGGUCUAUCGGAUUUAUCUGCCCAACUUCCAGGUCACCCUUUUCAAGCCCAAUGACUGGUGUUCCAAGACCGUGUACUUGUUUUCUGUGGCUCAGCUGAUCUUCGUGUACGUGGUGUUGGCCGUGGUGUUACUGACGAUCAUCUGCCUAGCCUGCGGACAGAAGUGCGCCACCCUCUUCGACGAGAGUUACAAGUGAGCCAGGGACUCGAAGAAAAGGUCCUCGAAGGGGGAGAAGAAAAAGAAGAAGAAAACGGAGGAGGAAGAGGAGAAGAAGAAGGAGACGCACACAGAGCACAAUGCACAGAAUUUAGUCAAACAACAUAACAUCCUCAUGAACGGCAAGAGACACGACGACCAGGGCAGACGAGAGAAAGACGACGAUGACGACGACGAAGACGACGAUGACUUUGGUUUCAAAAAGGACCGCAGUAACCACCACCUGCGGGUCAGCACCAACGGGGACUACAUGCCCCUGCCCAAACCCCCGAGCGCCAUUUUCCACGAAGA